AUGACAAAUAAUAAAGAAUCACAGAUUGUGUCCCUGUUACGGCCGUAUAGAGACUUGUUAAGUUCUAACAAAAGUUUUAUGCAGAAAAGACAUUUUGGGCAGCCAUCAGCACAAACACAUCCCCAUCUGGUUAGUCAAGGGGAGGUCACUCCAGGGAUAAACAAAGAAGAGUAUGAUUCUACAAAAACAUGUUUGGUGAAUAAGAUAGUGCAUGCUUCCGGAAAUAAGUCAGAAAAUCACAUAGUUAUUUUGCCGUCUGCUUCAACAGUUUACAUGACAUAUGAUAUCCCUUACCGUUUUAGACAAAAUACAGAAUUUCUUUACUUGUCUGGAUUCCAGGAGCCUGAUAGUGCCUUAGUUAUUCAUACAACAAGUGAGGGGUACAAGUCUGUGCUCUUUGUACCAAGGAGAGAUCCUCACAAGGAAUUAUGGGAUGGUCCAAGAUCAGGGGAUAAAGGUGCACUAGAAUUAACAGGGGUCGCUGAAGCUUAUAAUACGGAUGAGUUAGAAUCUUACUUGUAUAACUAUUGUAAAUCCUACAAAGAUUAUAUAGUUUGGUAUGAUUUGAAUCAGCCAGUUCUUAAACACUCUCAUGAGAAUGUGAUACAGGAUUUUCUGAAACAAGAGGGGAAAAUGGCAAUUGUAAAACCGACUGGUCAUAUUCAAGACCUAAGGGUAGUAAAGUCUCCAGCAGAGGUACAACUUAUGAAACAUACAACUGAAGUUGCUUCCCAAGCAUUUGUUGAUGUCAUGAAAUUUUCAAGACCAGAUAUCAAAGAGUCACAUUUGUAUGCUAAGAUGGAUUAUGAAUGUCGAAUAAGAGAUGCUGAGAUUUUAGCAUACCCUCCAGUUAUUGCAGGUGGAAACAGAGCAAACAUUAUACAUUAUAUCAACAAUAAUCAAAUUGUACAUGAUGGAGAGAUGGUGCUUAUGGAUGCUGGUUGUGAAUAUCAUGGCUAUACAAGUGAUAUCACUAGAACUUGGCCUGUCUCAGGAAAAUUUACCCCAGCUCAGAGGAAAUUAUAUUUAUCAGUAUUAGCGAUCCAGCAAGUUUGUAUAUCGAUGUGUACACAGGAAUUCAGCUUGUCAGAAAUCUACCAGGCGAUGGUAAAUGAGAUAGCCUUACAGCUUGUGCUUUUGAAGUUAAUACCUAGAAGUGUGGUGGAUGACAGAUCAAAGUUAUUACGGGCAGUACAGAAGUUUUGUCCACAUCAUGUAGGACAUUAUCUAGGAAUGGAUGUACAUGAUACAAGUCUAGUCAGUAAAACAAUAAAACUUCAGCCUAACAUGAUUAUCACAAUAGAACCAGGGAUAUAUAUCAAAGCUGAUGAUGAAACUGUACCUCCAGAAUACCGUGGCAUUGGUAUAAGAAUUGAGGACAAUAUUUUGAUUACUGAGACAAAACCUGUUGUUCUUACGAAAUCCUGUCCAAAGCAUCCUGAUGAAAUAGAACAGAUUAUGUCCCAAGCAUCCAGAUGAUAUUGUAAUUGUGUAGAUGUUUGUUAAAGCAUCUUGAUGAUACAGAUUGAAAUCUGUUUGAAUGAUCUCCCUUCUCACUUUUUAGCUCACUUGUCACAAAGUGACAGGGUGAGCUUUUGUGAUCGCUUUUCGUCCUGCGUCCGUCCGUCGUCCGUCCGUCGUCCGUCCGUAAACUUUUAUGUUAAAUGACAUCUCCUCAUAAACCACUGAGCCAAUUUCAUCCAAACUUCACAGGAAUGUUCCUUUGGUGGUCACCUUUAAAAAUUGUUCAAAGAAUUUAAUUCCAUGCAGAACUCUGGUUGCCAUGGCAACCGAAAGAAAAAACUUUAAAUAUCUUCUUUUAAAAAACCAUAAGAGCUAGAGCUUAGAUAUUUGGCAUGAAACAUCUUCUAGUGAGUGUCUACCAAGUGUGUUCAAAUAAAAGCCCUGGGGUCAAAAUUGGCCCCGCCCCAGGGGGUCAUUGGUUUUCCCUAUAUGCAUAUAGUAAAAACUUAAAAAAUCUUCUUUUAAAGAACCCAAAGAGCUAGAGCUAAGAUAUUUAGCAUGAAACAUGUUCUAAUGGGUGUCUACCAAGUUUGUUCAAAUAAAAGCCCUGGGGUCAAAAUUGGCCCCGCCCCGGGGGGGGGGGGUCAUUGAUUUUCCCUAUAUGCAUAUAGUAAAAACUUAAAAAAUCUUCUUUUAAAGAAUUCAAAGAGCUAUGGCUAAGAUAUUGAGCAUCAAACAUGUUCUAAUAGGUGUCUACCAAGUUUGUUCAAAUAAAAGCCCUGGGGUCAAAAUUGGCCCCGCCCCAGGGGGUCAUUGAUUUUACCUAUAUGCAUAUAGUAAAAACUUAAAAAAUCUUCUUUUAAAGAACCAAAAGAGUUAGAGCUAAGAUAUUUAGCAUGACAUGUUCUAAUAAGUGUCUACCAAGUUUGUUCAAAUAAAAG